GGUCUUCUUAUUCUGCACUGUGCUUUUGGUGGCACUUUCUAUAGAAGCUGCUCCCCAGAAGAUCAGAUCACUUACUUACCUGGCCUGGAUGAGGAGCCAUCUUUCCUACAAUACUCUGGGUACCUGAAUGUACCAGGAGGCAAAUAUUUACAUUAUUGGUUUGUGGAGUCUCAGCAAGAUCCUAGCUCUAGGCCAGUGGUCCUGUGGCUGAAUGGAGGUCCUGGUUGCAGCUCUCUUGAUGGUUUCCUGUCAGGACAUGGCCCUUUUCUGGUGCAAGAUGGCGGUAACACACUGAAGAGCAAUCCUCAUUCAUGGAAUAAGAUUGCAAAUAUGCUGUACCUGGAAACCCCAGCUGGUGUUGGAUAUUCCUACUCUGAUGACAAAAGCUAUCAAAUAAAUGACACACAGGUUGCUCAGGACAACUACAUGGCAAUGAAAAGAUUUUUUCCGCCUGUUCCCAGAGUUCAUGAAAAUGAAUUUUACAUUGCAGGAGAAAGUUAUGGAGGCUUUUAUGUUCCAAAGCUGGCCGUUGAAUUAUUAAAAGAUGAAAGUAUAAACCUGAAGGGAAUUGCUAUAGGAAAUGGACUGACCGAUUAUGACAUAAAUGAUAACUCUCUUCUUUACUUUGCUUAUUAUCAUGGUCUAAUAGACACAGAAUUGUGGUCAGAACUGCAAGCUGCCUGCUGUAAGGAUGAUAAAUGUGAAUUUACAAAGUCCAAAGACACAAAAUGUAAUAUCAAAACAAUGAUUGCUUACUCUCAAUCCCGUAUGUUUGGGCUGAAUAGGUACAAUUUGUACAAGAAAUGCGAGCACGGGAAACCUGGCGAGAUCAGGGAUUUAGGAGACCACUUUGUAGUUUAUCAUCCUGGUAUAUACUCCCUUGAAGUCCAUUCCAAUUUCUGUGCAAAGUUGCAAAGGCUGUCACAGUUAAAGAAGCCAAUAAAACUGAGUGUACCCUGUAUGGAUGACAGUAGUAUCAACACCUACAUGAACAAACCUGAGGUGCAAAAAGCAUUGCAUGUCCACCAUCGGGAGCCAGGCUGGGACGUGUGUAGCACAGAAGUGUUUUGGCUUUUCAUCAGAGAGUUGAGGAAUGUACGAGAUCAGUACUUGGAACUGCUCAACAAGGGAUACCGGAUUUUUGUAUACAGUGGAGAUACAGAUAUGGCGUGCAACUUUCUAGGUAUUGAAUGGUUUGUGCAUUCUCUUGAUCAGGAGUUGCAGGUACCCUACAAUGCAUGGGUGUAUGAGGAAGAGGGCCAUCCACAGAUUGCGGGAUUUGUAAAGCAAUAUGCCAAUCUUACCCUUUUGACUGUGAAGGGAGCUGGCCAUAUGGUAGCAACAGACAAGCCCAAAGAAGCUUCCAUGUUAUUCCAUCAUUUCAUCAAUAAUGAGCCCUUCUAG